CCGUCAUAAAAAGUAUUUUGUUAACAUGAACUGUAUAUAUUUGUACGUUUUCUCCUUAUUUUAUUUUGAUUUAAGCUGAAUCUGUGCUAUAGGAAAUAACUGUUUUUAAGCCUUGCUAGUCUCGGUAUGUUUAAAACCUCUUCUUAAUUUAAUUUUCCUGAUUUGAUGUUUUCAAUUCUUGUGCUUAAAUAAUGAUGUUACAUUGUCUAGGCUAGGAGGUCAGCAAAGUUUUUCUGUAAAUAUUUUAGGCUUUACGGGCUAUACAGUCUCUGUUGCUGCAACUGUGCAACUCUUGUCAUUUUAAUGUGGAAGCACCCAUAAACAGUACCUAACACACUGAACGUGGCUGUGCUGAGUGAAACUUUAGGGCCACUGAAAUUUGAAUUUCAUGUAAUUUUCAUGUGUCACGCAAUAUUCCUUUUUUUAAAAAUCAUUUGAAAAAUGUAAAAACUAUUCUUAACUCUCAGACCUUACAAAGAGAUGUGGUGGGCCAGAUUUGGUUUGCAGGCUGUAGUUUGCUGACCCCUAGCCUAGAACCUGUAACAGUAAGUGAGUUCUUAUGAAGCCUCGAAGUAAGAUGUUUGCUUAAUGACCAAAGUUCUGUUUAGUUCACUGUCUUUGAAAGUACUCCAAGUCCUAACCUAAACGUACAAGGUUUGUUUGUUUGUUUACUUACUUGCUUUUAAAGCUAUAAUUAGUUGUUUUCAAAAUCCUACUAGCUCCAGUCAGAUUAAAUUGAGUAGCAGAAAGAGCAGUGGAUUGGGAACUGGGGCCUCUGGAUUCUAGCCCUGACUUUAUCACUCGCUGGCUACACGUGAGUGUAUUGGGGAGGAGUGGUUUGGCCACUUCACUGAACUUCUCUGGGCCUCAUGUUCUUUAUGUGGAAAAUGAAGGGGUUCGAUUAGAUCAGUAGUUCUCACUGUGUGCUCCGUGGACCCCUGUAGGGGUCAGAGAGAGCCUUUUAGGGGGUCCACGAAGGCAAAACUUAAUACUAAGAAAUUAUUUGCCAUUUUUACUGUGUUGAUAUUUGCACUGAUGGUGCAGAAGCAAUGCUGUGGUGUAACUGCUGGGGACUUAGCAUGAAUCAAAGCUGUGUCACCAAACAAUACUAGCAGCUGUUGUAUUCUUCGCUGUCACACCCUUAGGUGAAAAAAGAAAAAAAAAACAAGCUUCAUGUAAGACUAUGCUUGAUGAAGCAUUAAAUAUGAUUCAUUUUAGUAAAUCUCUAUCCCAAGUUCACAUCUUUUUAAUAUUCUGUGUGACAUAAUAGGAAGUACACAUAAAACACUUCUGCUGCAUGCUGAAGUAUAGAUGAUUGCCUUCUGGAAAAGCACUUGGCAAUUGAUUGAGCUGUGUGUUGAACUGCCUGCUUUUUUCAUGGAACACCAUUUUUACUUGAAGAGUAGAUAGGCAAACUGUGGUGAUUAAGACUUGGUUAUUUGACAGAUAUUUCUCUAAAAUUAAAAAUGAGGUGGUCACUUUAAGAAAAACAAUGAACAGUAUUUAUUGGCAGUGAUUAAAAUUGUAUUUUCUUGCAAAAAUUAUAAAUCUGUAUUUAUAAAAAAUUAUAAUUUGUAUUCACAGUAAGCUUGAAAGGUUGUCAGUAUUCAUGGACUUUUCUAAAAGAGAUUAUUGCUGAUAUUAACGUGUCAUUUUUUUUUGCAUGUUGUAUAAUGAAACAUUUACACAAUUCAGUGACCCAGUAUUUUCCAAAUGACCAAUGAUGUUACAUACAAGGGUAAGAGACCUAUUCAAAGUGCAAGAUAAAACAAACAAACCAACCCGUUGCCGUCAAGUCAAUUCUGACUCAUAACAACCCUAUAGAACAGAGUAGAACUGCCCCAUAGGGUUUCCAAGGAGUGCCUGGUGGAUUUGAACUGCUGGCUUUUUGUUUAGCAGCCAUAGCUCUUAACCACUUUGCCACCAGAGUUUCCAUAGACCAGUGGAAUUUAGUAUAACAGUAUGCAAAGUUCAUUAAUAUGGUUUCAAACCCACAUUGCAACUCUAAGAAACUAUCAUUUUUCAAGUUUUGGUGUAAUAUCAAAGAAUAUUCAUAAUUAUCUGAAAAGGCUAAAAUCAUUCCCUGUUUUCAACUACAUAUAUGGGUAUGGCUGGGUUUUUUUUUUUUUUUCUUUCCCCUACAUACUUCAACCACAACAACAAAUUGAAUACAGAACAGAUACAAGAACUCAGCUGACUGCUAUUAAGGGAGCAGUUCUGAAGCCAGAGUUGAAAAGGGACCCAGUCAGCACGAGAGUCAAGUUAAAGAUUGUCCCCCAUCUCCUUCGUUCUAGACAAGCUGCUGAAACGUUCCCGGCUAACAUACAGGUGGUGUAUGAUGGACUUUUUGGUGCAAAUACAAACUCAAAAUUAAGAACAUUAUCUCUGCAAUUUGUGCAUCACAUUUGUAUAACGUGUCCAGAAAUCAAGAUUAAACCGUUGGGUCCAAUGCUUUUGAAUGGCCUUACCAAACUAAUCAAUGAAUAUAAAGAAGACCCUAAACUACUGUCAAUGGCAUAUUCAGCUGUUGGAAAACUUUCCAGUCGAAUGCCCCAUUUAUUCACUAAGGACAUAGCUCUUGUGCAGCAGCUUUUUGAAGCCCUCUGUAAGGAAGAGCCCGAGACUCGACUUGCCAUUCAAGAAGCAUUGUCUAUGAUGGUUGGAGCUUAUAGUACUUUGGAAGGAGCACAACGAACUCUCAUGGAGGCACUUGUGGCUUCCUACUUAAUAAAGCCUGAAGUUCAAGUUCGACAGGUGGCUGUGAAAUUUGCAAGCACGGUGUUUCCCUCAGAUCAUAUACCUUCCAGAUAUUUACUCUUACUAGCUGCAGGAGAUCCGCGAGAAGAAGUUCAUGGAGAAGCACAACGAGUAUUAAGGUGCUUUCCUGGUAGAAACAAAAAAGAAGGUGCUUUUAAGCAGAUGCCUUCUUUCCCAGAAAUGGUAUAUUAUAUCCAAGAAAAGGCUUCCCAUCGAAUGAAAACUCCAGCCAAGUACAUGACUGGGACCACUGUCCUUCCAUUUAACCCAGCAGCCUUUGGAGAGAUAGUUCUGUACUUGCGCAUGUGCCUGGCUCACAGCGCAGGAGUGGUGCCCACCUCUCAGAGUUUGGCUGAUAUGCAAGAUCACGCCCCAGCCAUUGGACGUUAUAUACGGACUUUAAUGUCAGGGAGCCAGGCAACAUCCUCGUCAUCUUCUUCCAAGAGUGGGGAGACCAACCCUGUUCAGAUCUACAUCGGCCUACUUCAGCAGCUGUUAGCAGGUGUUGGAGGUUUGCCAGUCAUGUACUGUCUGUUGGAAGCUGUUUCAGUGUAUCCAGAAAAGCUGGCUACCAAAUUUGUAGACAAAACAGAAUGGAUAAAGAGUCUGAUGAAUAGCAGUAAAGAAGAGAUGCGUGAACUGGCAGCAUUAUUUUAUUCUGUGGUGGUAUCUACGGUGUCGGGAAAUGAGUUGAAGUCAAUGAUAGAGCAGCUUAUAAAGACUACAAAAGACAAUCAUAGCCCAGAGGUACAGCAUGGAUCCUUGCUUGCAUUGGGAUUCACAGUGGGAAGAUAUUUGGCUAAAAAGAAAAUGAGAAUGGCAGAGCAACAAGACCUGGAGACAAGUGCUAGUUUUCUGCCUGAACAAGAGGAACUCAUUCAGAGUGCCACAGAAACAAUAGGCUCAUUUUUGGACAGUACAUCGCCCAUCCUGGCAAUUGCUGCCUGCACAGCCCUGGGUGAAAUUGGCAGAAAUGGUCCACUCCCAAUCCCCAGCGAGGGAUCUGGCUUUACCAAAUUGCGUCUUGUAGAAAGCUUACUAAAUAGAAUACCCUCCAGCAAAGAAACAAACAAGAUGAAAGAACGAGCAAUCCAAACACUGGGGUAUUUUCCAGUUGGGGAUGGAGAGUUUCCUCAUCAGAAACUCCUCUUGCAAGGUCUGAUGGAUUCUGUGGAGGCCAAGCAAAUAGAACUUCAGUUCACUAUAGGUGAAGCCAUCACCAGUGCUGCAAUAGGAACUAGUUCUGUGGCUGCUCGAGAUGCCUGGCUAGUGACUGAAGAAGAAUACACUGCCCCCACCGGAGGCAAAGUGAAUGAUGUGGUCCCAUGGGUGUUGGACGUGAUUUUAAAUAAACAUAUCAUCAGCCCCAACCCACAUGUGAGGCAAGCAGCCUGCAUCUGGCUACUUUCCCUUGUGAGAAAGCUGAGUACCCAUAAAGAAGUGAAGUCUCAUCUUAAAGAGAUUCAGAGUGCAUUUGUUUCAGUUCUGUCAGAAAAUGAUGAACUUAGCCAAGAUGUUGCCUCAAAAGGCCUUGGGUUGGUUUACGAACUAGGCAAUGAACAAGAUCAACAGGAACUUGUCUCUAUACUUGUAGAAACACUUAUGACUGGCAAAAGAGUUAAACAUGAUGUUUCUGGAGAGACAGUGGUGUUUCAGGGUGGAACCCUUGGCAAAACACCGGAUGGCCAGGGCAUUUCUACUUACAAGGAGCUUUGUUCUCUGGCAAGUGAUCUCAGUCAGCCAGAUCUGGUGUAUAAAUUUAUGAAUUUAGCGAAUCACCAUGCAAUGUGGAACUCUAGGAAGGGUGCUGCUUUUGGUUUUAAUAUCAUUGCUACCAGAGCUGGAGAGCAGCUGGCUCCUUUUCUGCCUCAGCUAGUUCCUCGCCUUUAUCGUUACCAGUUUGAUCCCAACCUUGGUAUUCGACAGGCCAUGACAAGUAUUUGGAAUGCGUUGGUCACUGACAAAUCAACGGUGGAUAAAUAUUUGAAAGAAAUUCUUGAAGAUUUGGUUAAGAACCUUACCAGCAAUUUGUGGCGGGUUCGAGAAUCCAGUUGUUUAGCUUUGAAUGAUUUAUUGAGAGGAAGACCCCUAGAUGACAUCAUUGAUAAGCUUCCAGAAAUUUGGGAAACGCUUUUUAGAGUACAAGAUGAUAUCAAGGAAUCUGUACGAAAAGCGGCAGAACUAGCUCUGAAAACCUUGAGCAAGGUUUGUGUGAAAAUGUGUGACCCUGCCAAAGGAGCCACUGGCCAGAGGACUAUUGCUGUCCUUCUGCCUUGCCUUCUGGACAAAGGAAUGAUGAGCCCUGUGACAGAAGUUCGAGCCCUCAGCAUUAACACGCUUGUGAAGAUCAGCAAAAGUGCAGGAGCCAUGUUGAAACCUCAUGCACCAAAACUUAUCCCAGCACUACUGGAGUCCUUAAGUGUAUUGGAACCCCAAGUUCUCAAUUAUUUGAGUCUUCGGGCUACAGACCAAGAAAAGGCUGCAAUGGAUAGUGCUCGGCUCAGUGCUGCCAAAUCCUCUCCCAUGAUGGAAACAAUCAACAUGUGCCUGCAAUAUCUUGAUGUUUCAGUGCUGGGUGAGCUAGUUCCUAGGUUAUGUGAGCUGAUCAGAAGUGGUGUAGGUCUAGGAACUAAGGGAGGCUGUGCCAGUGUCAUUGUGUCACUAACUACUCAGUGUCCUCAGGACCUAACACCUUACUCAGGUAAACUUAUGAGUGCUUUGCUUAGUGGCCUGACAGAUAAGAACAAUGUGAUUCAGAAAUCCUGUGCAUUUGCCAUGGGCCAUUUAGUUCGGACCUCACGGGAUAGCAGCACUGAAAAACUCCUGCAGAAGCUCAGUGGCUGGUAUAUGGAGAAAGAAGAACCCAUCUACAAGACCUCUUGUGCUUUGACUAUUCAUGCUAUUGGACGAUACAGUCCUGAUGUAUUGAAGAACCAUGCCAAAGAAGUUCUGCCUUUGGCAUUUCUAGGCAUGCAUGAAAUUGCUGAUGAGGAGAAAUCAGAAAAAGAAGAAUGUAACUUAUGGACUGAAGUGUGGCAGGAAAAUGUACCUGGUUCCUUUGGUGGCAUUCGAUUAUACCUGCAAGAGUUGAUUACCAUUACCCAGAAGGCUUUGCAGUCUCAGUCCUGGAAAAUGAAAGCCCAGGGUGCAAUUGCCAUGGCAUCAAUUGCAAAACAAACCAGCUCUCUAGUACCACCAUAUCUGGGAAUGAUACUGACUGCAUUGCUGCAAGGCCUGGCUGGAAGAACAUGGGCAGGAAAGGAAGAACUGUUGAAAGCCAUUGCCUGUGUGGUGACAACUUGCAGUGCCGAGCUGGGAAAGUCUGCACCCAAUCAGCCCAGCACAAAUGAAAUUCUCCAGGCUGUUCUGAAGGAGUGUUGCAAGGAGAAUAUCAAAUACAAGAUUGUAGCAAUCCGCUGUGCAGCUGAUGUCCUGAAGGCCACCAAAGAAGACAGAUUCCAGGAGUUCUCUGAUAUUGUUAUACCUCUCAUCAAGAAGAACUCACCCGAAAGCACCGGAGCCCGGACAAUCAAAAAUGAAGAUGAGAAUGAGAAGGAAAAGGAACUCCAGAUGGAAUCCCUUCUGGGUGCCUUUGAGAGCCUGGGCAAAGCCUGGCCCCGAAACGUGGAGACCCAACGUUGCUAUCGUCAGGAGCUGUGCAAACUGAUGUGUGAGCGGCUAAAACUCAGCACAUGGAAAGUGCAGCUGGGAGUCUUACAGUCAAUGAGUGCCUUUUUUCAGGGAUUAAUGCUUUUGGAAGAAGAACAUGCCGAACCUGAGGCUUUGGCUGAAAUUCUCCUUGAAACUUGUAAAUCAAUCACAUAUUCUUUAGAAAAUAAGACCUAUUCAUCUGUGAGAACAGAAGCUUUAUCUGUGAUAGAAUUACUGCUUAAAAAACUUGAAGAAUCAAAACAGUGGGAAAGUUUGACAUCUGAAUGCCGAGCGCUCCUGAUUGAGUCUUUAGCCACUAUGGAGUCAGAUAGCAGACCUGAACUGCAGGAGAAAGCAUCAUUACUGAAGAAGACACUUGAAAAUCUGGAAUAAAUUAGAAGGGGAAGAA